AUGAACACAGCCAUCAGUGUCAUUAACGGCCUCAAUGAGUGCGCGAAUUUGUUCCGGUGGGUUACAUCGGCCAAAUCAUCUCUGGAAUCCAAGUGGAAUAGAACACAACAGGAAAAACUUCAAGGAGAAAUACUGCAGUUGCAGAGUGACCUUCAGUCCCUUAGUGAUACUUUACCAGUAAUGUACAACCUCAUUGAUCGAGCAGAGUGGAGGAUCCAUGAUAAUUGUGUGGCUGACCUCCUUUUAAAACUCAAAGAUGCAGUGUAUGAUGCGGAAGAUCUUCUAGAUGAGUUCAGAUGGUACGAGACAAAGGUUUCAAUAGAGGGCAAUGCGAUCUCAGUGGAACCUAUCAUUGAUUUCUUUCACAGUGUCACUCAAGGCAACUUCAACAAAGUGACUGAUAUCCAGAAGAGGCUCACACAUAUUUCAGGCCAGCUUGAGAAAAUGGGCUUACUUCAAGCAGUUCCACGGUUUGACAAAUCACUUAGGCCCGAGACCACCUCUUUCCCUACUGAGGCAAAGAUUUUUGGUCGUGAUAAGGAAAAGAAGCAGCUGAUCAGGUUGCUUGGUGUACCAACAAAUAAUAGCACGGAUCCUUCCAGAUGUAAGAGAACAAGAAGUGGAGUUCCAGUUUUGCCAAUUGUUGGAAUUGGGGGUGUUGGAAAAACCACCUUGGCUCAAGAUAUUUGCAACCAUUCAAAAGUGAAACGUCACUUUCACCUGAUAAUUUGGAUUUGUGUCUCAGAUGAUUUUGAUGUCAAGAGAUUAACUAAAGAAGCCAUAGAACAAUCUUCUGGGGAUGUGCCAAAAAAUGAUAAUCUGAAUUUUCUUCAGGGUACUCUUGCAAAUAGCCUGAACGCUAGAAGAUUCUUACUUGUCCUUGAUGAUAUGUGGAAUGAAAAUGAGCAGGAUUGGAAGCACUUCUGUGCACCUUUCAGAAAUGUACUUCAGGGAAGUAUGGUUCUUGUCACCACUAGAUCUCCAAAGGUUGCUGAUGUAGUGCGUACGAUGGAUCCCUUUCCCAUAGAGGGUUUGAAAGAAGAUGUCUUUCGUGAGUUCUUUAAAGUCUGUGUGUUUGGAUCUGAUAGCUCCAAUGAUCCUGAGUUGGAACAGAUUGGUGAGAAAAUACUACCAAAGUUGAAAGGCUCUCCUUUAGCUGCAAAAACCCUUGGACGGCUGCUAGGAAUGAACCUUGACCUAGCACACUGGGAUAGAAUUCUCAAGAGUCAGCUAUGGGAGCUUAGACAAGAGGAUACUGACAUUUUGCCGGCUCUUCGGUUGAGCUACAUGUAUUUACCAUUCUAUUUAAAGAGGUGCUUCUCAUUCUGUGCUGUGUACCCAAAAGAUUACAAUUUCAGAAAGAAAGAUUUAGCUGAAAUUUGGGUGGCAGAAGGCUUAGUAGAACAUCGACAUACUGGUGAUCAGUACUUUGAAGAACUUGCACAUCUGUCAUUUUUUGAGAAGUAUCCACGCUCCCAAGAGAAAUAUGUAAUACAUGAUUUAAUUCAUGAUGUGGCACAACUGGUGUCAAAGGACGAGUGCUUCAUAGUGAAAGACACUAAGGAUCUUCCGAAGAUCCCUCAGAAUGUCCGCCAUCUGUUGGUGCUCAAAGGCGGAGAUGUCCAGUGCUCUGACUUAUUGAAGCAUGACAUGGCACAGCAUAAAAAGCUGCGCACCAUACUUUGUGACCUGUCUUUAAAGAGUAAAACUGGUAACACUAUGAUGGAGAAAUGGUGCACUGAACUUUUGUGCAUGCGUGUCAUGGUCUGUUCUUCUAUCUCUAAGUGGGGCUUACCAAGUAGUAUUAGCAAUAUGAAGCUACUUCGGUACCUUAAAAUCCUCGACUCGAGCCUUUGCAAGAGCCUUCCUUCAGAAUUAUGUUGCCUCUAUAACAUGCAGAUAUUUUAUGCUACGAGAUGGAGCAUUGAUGACAUUCCUAGCGGUUUUGUUAAGCUGAUCAAUCUUCAGAAAUUUGAGUCAAAGAAAUAUCAAUUUCAUCAUGAAGAAGGUGCAACUAACAAAGAGCCGAGAAGGCAAUUGAAGUUCGUAAACCAGAAUGGUGAAUCUCCUCCACGUGGAUUUCAUGCACAAAACAUGCCAGAUAUAACUUCACUUGAGCUUGUCACUUGGGACAAUGUCAACAGUAUAUCAUCUUCUAUGAACUCAGAGCAAAUCCAUAGUCAUCACAGCAAUGAUAGCACCUUCUCGUCCCUAACUGAUGUUGUCAUUGACUGUUGCCCAAACUUAUCAAGCCUCGAACAAUUUCUACAACCUGCUUCUAUGCCUAUCAUCAAGAAAAUAGAAAUUUCAAAUUGUAGAAGUUUAGAAUCAGUGCCAGCUGAUAGGUUUGGAGAUUUGCAUUUCCUUGAAGUACUGAGUGUGUCCAUGUGUUCAAAUAUAAAAUCACAACGCCUGUUUGCUCCAUCCCUAAAGAAGCUGUAUCUGAGAGCCUCUGGGGAUCUUGGAUACAAGAUUGAGUGUAGUUCUCUCAACUUCUUGCAUUUAUCAUACAACCCUCUUCAAUCCAUCGAACUGCAAAUGUGGAAUCUUCCGUUACUGCAGGAGCUCGAGAUCAGUUAUUGUUCUUCUCUGACAAUCAUUAAAGAUUAUGUGCUUUCCCUUGGCGGGGCCGGAAGCAGAAUGGUAAGGUUCCCAAAACUCACUCACCUAACCAUUCGGCACUGCUAUAAGCUUGAAACUAUCGAUGACCUCAUAUAUCUCCCUGCCAUUGAGAGUAUUGAGAUUUCGACCUGUCCCUUGAUGUCCCUGCCAACUAAUAGAUUCGGAAGUUUUCCUCGUCUGAAGGAUUUGGAGAUUGUACGGUGCGAAAACCUCAACUGGCAUUGUGGAAUGUCAUUACCAUCGUCCCUCCAAAAGCUCUGGUUAAACAGUUGUGGGGAUUUCUCUGCCUGGUUUCCCAGUUGCCUGGAGAACAUCACCUCCCUCGAGUCACUGAAGAUUAUUCUGUGCGAAUGCAUAGUGUCCAUUCCUGGCGACCUGUGGAGCAGUAAUCUCAAAUCACUUAAGAGUUUGGAGUUUCAUAAUUGUUCAAAGCUUAAAUCAAUUGGUGGACUGGACGCAAUUGCACACAUAAGAGAUUUAUAUAUUUCUCAUUGCCCAGACUUGAAGGAAAUUAACCAGCCACUGAGGAAACGCGCAUCCUUCUAG